AUGGGGAUCUCUCCGGCCCUCUCCCUGUCGUCCAACGGCGGAACCCUAAUUUGGCUGCUCUUUGUGGCCGCAUCGUUCUCCGUCAUCCUGGCGCCGAGCGCCGCUUCGCCGGUACUCGGGCUUGAGAGUUUCCUCUCUGAUCGGUCCCGGUUGGACCCGCAGGCGACCAACGACACACUCCUCAUCCUCCCCUCCUCGAUCAAGAAGUCCAUCUCCGUCGCCCCAGCGUCACUGGAUGCAGCUUCCCUGGUCCAGUACCUCCAUGAUUUGAAGCUCUCCGUCCCCGUCCAUGUCAAGCUCGUAGGUGCUUCGUUCUCCCCCGCCGCCCACGACAUACUCCGACAAUUCGUGUCGGCAGCUGUCUCCGGGGGGAAGUUCCAGACCAUUGGAUACAGGCCACACCAUAUCGCGGUCUCCCACGAGCUCCGCCUCGAUGCCUCCACCGCUGCUCCGCACAUUGCUUCCGAGAUCUCCGGCGCCGUACGCUCCCACAUCGAUUCUUCCACUGCGCCGCUCCAUCGUUCGGCCCUCCAGCCGGUCCCCUACUCUGUGGUCGAUGCGAUCGUCCAGAAGGAUUUCCAGAAGGAUUCUAAUUCUGCCCCCGCCUUCUACAUAUAUUUGUUGGAUCUUGGUAUCCAGUCGAGGCCGUAUGCGUACUCCUACGAUCCGAAGGACUCGUCACCGGGAUUCUCCAAGUGCUUGGGCAGCGUAUGGACAGGGAAGGACAGGUAUGUGUGGAUCGAUCUUGCCGCGGGUCCUGUGGACUACGGCCCCGCCUUGUCAGGCGAGGGCGUGCUUCCAAGGGGCGAGUUCCAUCCGCUUGCCUCGCUGCACGGCAGACCGAAAUCAGACAAAGCCCUGCUCGCGGAUCUUGCAUCUCUCGUUUUCAGUGCCUACAAGGCCCUUUUAGUGCCUUCACUGAGGAUCCCCAUCUUCUUUGAGGCCGAGCUAUCAGUCCGGUUUAUCCACGUCUACGGUUCCGAUGCUCCGGAUUCUUCCGGUCUUGAUUGGAAGGCUAUCGAAAAGACAAUUACUGAAGGUGGCACGCUCCUGGCCGGUCAGUCUCUGAAAUUUGAGACUUACAGAGUGAAGUUCUCCGAUUGCCCUAUCUGUUCCUUUGCCGUCACCCGCUCCACAAACUUCUAUACUUCAAGAUUCUUGUUUGAGAACUACACCUUGAUUGUGAGCGAGUACCUUGAUUCUAAACGUCUUCAUCAGGUGCUGGUUGAUUCAGCGGACGAUAUACGGAGUUCAGCAAGGAUAGCUGAUGAAGAGAUUGGAAGGGUACUUCCUGUGUAUGUCUUUGAUCUGGACUACGACAAACUGCUCCUUCUUGACAGGUACCAUCAGGCUGUUGCAUUUAGAGACAUGGUCAUUGCUGUGAGGACAAGGAGUGCGCAGACAGUGAGCGAUUACACCUGCAAUGGUCGGCAUAUGAUCACUCAAACGCGUAACCUAGAGCGCCCAGUCGUGGGCUCUGUUCUCCAGAGCAUGUGGGGAGUCUCACCAACUCACUUAUCUUGGAGCCCACAGCACAACCACACUGUUGUAGAUUAUACAUGGAGUAUCGGGCAGACUCCAUUUGGACCCUUCUCUGAUUCUCUGUCUCUAUCAUUUGUUCAGAAAGAUGCAGCUCGGAGGAAUGUGCUCCUGACAUCUCUGAAUUAUACAAUUAUGAGCGCCACUGAUGUGCUACAAUCUAUGGCUGCACAUGGAGGAGACAAGAAGCUUCUCAAGCAAAACAGGCAUAUGGAGUUUGUGCAGAGGUGGAAUUUGCUCAAGUACAAGCUUGACAAAACAGUUUCAGCUAUGUCCCAUUUGGAUUACGACAAGGCGUUAUACUAUUUGAGAUCUUCUGAUCAUGAUCUUUAUGCCAUACACUCUUUGGUCUACCAGGCUUCGCAGGAGUUGGAAGCUUCCUUAGUUUGCUUCAAAGAUCCGCCCUUUCCCUGGGGUACAGUUUUAACGAGUGGGUUGAUUAUGUUUGCUUUCUUUUACGCCUAUUCGAAAAGGGACAAUCUAUUUACUAGCAAAAGGAAGCAGUUUUGA